AUGGACGCAGAUGUCGUCCAGGACCAGGCAGCGUUUGUCCUGUUGGACAUCGGGUCACUGGGCCGUUUCUCCAUCGUGAAGAAGUGCAUUCACAAAGCUACCCGCAAGGAUGUUGCUGUGAAAUUUGUCAGCAAGAAAAUGAAGAAGAAGGAGCAGGCCGCCCACGAGGCCGCGCUCCUGCAGCACCUGCAGCACCCGCAGUACAUCACUCUGCACGACACCUACGAGUCCCCCACGUCCUACAUCCUGAUUUUGGAACUGAUGGACGACGGCCGCCUCUUAGACUAUCUUAUGAACCAUGAUGAGCUGAUGGAGGAGAAGGUGGCCUUCUACAUCCGAGACAUCAUGGAGGCGCUGCAGUACCUACACAGCUGCAGGGUUGCCCAUUUGGACAUCAAGCCGGAAAACCUGCUCAUCGACCUCCGGAUCCCAGUGCCUCGCGUGAAGCUCAUUGACUUGGAGGAUGCCGUCCAGAUCUCGGGUCACUUCCACAUCCACCACCUCCUGGGGAACCCCGAGUUUGCUGCCCCCGAAGUCAUCCAAGGCAUCCCCGUGUCCCUCGGCACGGACAUCUGGAGCAUCGGGGUGCUGACGUACGUCAUGCUGAGCGGGGUCUCCCCCUUCCUGGACGAGAGCAAAGAGGAGACGUGCAUCAAUGUGUGCAAGGUGGACUUCAGCUUCCCCCACGAGUACUUCUGCGGCGUGAGCAAUGCGGCCAGAGACUUCAUCAACGUGAUCUUGCAGGAGGACUUCCGGCGGCGGCCCACGGCGGCCACCUGCCUGCAGCAUCCCUGGCUGCAGCCACACAACGGCAGCUACUCCAAAGUGCCCCUGGACACCUCCCGCCUGGCGGGCUUCCUGGAGCGCCGCAAGCACCAGAACGACGUGCGUCCCGUGCCCAACGUCAAGGGCUACGUCGUCAACCGAGUGAACCAGGGGACGUAGCUGUCGGCCCAGCCCGGAGGGUCCACAGCCACCUGCGGUGGGAGCCAAAGCGAGACGGAAGGUGUCUGUAAAUAGUUCUCGGUUGGUGCGUCUCUUCGGGCAGCCCUCCGCACGGAGAGAUGCACCCCUAAACCUUUCCACUGGCAAUGCAGGUUUGGAACAGCAGUCGAAAUCGCCCGAAUCCUGGGGGGCUUUCCGGAAGAGGGCGUGGAAGAAAAGAGA